AUAAGAUUCACAAAAUUUACCCAUUUCUUGGCGAAAAUGACGGAAGGUCUCGACAUGUCACUCGAUGAUAUCAUCAAGAACAACAAGAAAUCCGGACGAUCUGAUGCUCAUACUAGUCACAGAGGCGGAGGCGGAGGCCGUGGCCGUGGCCAUGGUCGCAGUUUGGAGUCCGGUCCCGGCCCCACCAGACGUUUUGACAACCGGGUUAUGAGCCGUACGAACCCUUAUUUUGUUCCUCAGGCUUUUCAUAUGCAAGAAAUGCUGGUUGGAGGGGAAUCGAAUUUGGAAGCGGGGACAAAGCUAUACAUCUCGAACUUGGACUAUGGAGUUACCAACGAGGAUAUUAAGGUACUGUUUUCAGAUGUUGGUGAAUUGAAACGCUACUCGAUUCAUUAUGAUAGAAGUGGAAGAUCAAAGGGAACUGCAGAGGUGGUUUACAUGCGGCAGCCAGAUGCAGUGGCAGCAAUGAAAAGAUAUAACAACGUACUGCUUGAUGGGAAACCUAUGAAACUUGAAUUGGUUGGAAUAAACAUUUUUACCCCUGUUCCUAUUCCUCCAAUGCAAAAGGGGAUAUUGGGAAAUCCAAUCAAUGCUUCUUCUCGAAGCAUCCAAGGUAGAAUUGUUGGAAGGGGGCAAGAGCGUGUUGGCAAUGGGAAUCGUGGAUCUUGGAGUGGGAAGAGUCGUGGACAGCAGCUGCAUAAACCAUCAGCUGAAGAUCUUGAUGCGGAUUUGGAGAAGUAUCGGCUACAAGCAAUGCAUAUAAACUGAUUAAGACUCCCAAUGGACAGACAUUUUUGCAGGAGAUAUGGAAACCAACCAAGAUUCCUUGCUUGUAUUCCAGUUAUGUAGAAGACUAUUAACAAGCGAACUUAGUUUUGAUGUUUGGUUCUAGCAUUUGAUAGUUUACUGGCAUAAUUUGGUUAAAAUCUGGUAAAA